CUUUUCUUGCACCAUCCCAGUUUCACGUCUUCUGUAACUGUGAGUAAAUACGUCGUAGAAAUCCUACCGUACAAUAAAGGAGCACUUCACAUAAGCAGCAUACACAACGAACUCCCCGUCUACUUCAUCGCGACGUUUGAUAAAAACACCAACAAUCGUCAUGUCGGACACGUUGAGCUCGGCUUCCACGGCCGCCACUCCUCGUGGCGGCUUUUUCGGCACCCCCCGCGCCAUGUUUUCGGGAAUGAUGGGCAAAAUGACCCCCCGCGGCGGCGGUGGCGGUUCUUUUGCGGGCACCCCGCGCGGCGCCGGCAACAUGAGCUCCACGCCCCGCGGGGGCGGCAACAUGAGCUCCACCCCGCGGGGCGACACCCCCCGCGGUGGAGGUGGGACGACACACGGCGCCCUCCCGGGCACGCCGCGGCCGCAGAGCCUGAUGCCGAAGACGGGCAUGCUGCGGUUCCCGAUUUCCAGUUCCAGCGGCUUUAACUUCUACGGCGUUCUGGCCCGUGCGUGGAAAAUAUGAGAGUGCACAACUCGCCCUCCCCCUCAUUUGAAGGGCAUAAGCAGCAACACAAGUGCUGGCAUAAAUGCAGCUUUUGCAUGACAAAUUCGCGACCGAUUACUGGGCUGUUUCGGCUUCCGAAACCUGUCAUGCAAGAAGUGCCAAAGAGAAAAGGGUGGAUUUGGUAUUUUGCAUGGCAAAUGAGGGGGAGGGGGAGUUGUGCAAUGUCAUACAAAACCGAGCCGCGUGGAUUCGGUUUGAUCGCGGAAAACGCGGUAUCCUGAGCAAAAACGUACCCACACCAGAGUUGUAAUGCAAAUCUGCAUGCUGAAAAUGUUUCUCAUGCGGAGCCCCAUGAGAAGCAUUUUCUAGUCGUGUUUUGCGAUUUGUCAUGCUCCAAUCAGCAUGGUAUGCUAGAUCUGUGAUGCUGCUGAGGUAGCUCAAACAGCACUACACUACGAAUCCAAAUUUGUCAUGCAAAACAGCCAAAGCUUGUGGAUUUGUCUAGCCGAUUCCCUAUCUUGACUAUGGUGUGGGUACGUUUUUACUCAGGAUACGCGGAGGAGGAGAAGGAGGAGCAGGACGAGUGGGAUUUGCUCCGGAAAAAGCUCCGGCUCCGCAUCGUCGGCGUGAUCGACGCCACGGACAAGCCCGAAGAGUGGCUGGAGUUCGUGAUGCCCAAAACCCGGGGCGCCACGGACCCGAUCGCGGAAAUCCAGCGCCGGCUGUCGCCCGAACACCACCUGCUCCUCUUCGACCAGAAGCUCGGCGUGAUUGACCGCAAGGAGGUCCCGGUGCGGCGCCGGGAGGACCUGGUGCAGCACACCAUGGCGGGCUGCGACCGGGUUAUUGAGCAAUACAACUACGUUCGGGAUCAGCUCUUCCCGUGCUACAUGACCACCACACCGACCUACGUCGUGUUUCACGGGCUGCUCGACAAGAUCCGGUUGGAAGACAAUCCGAAGGAGGAGCCGAACGAAAAGGGGAUCGCGGAACAGUACGCGAAGGAACUGAAGGGGUCCGACAUCUACGUGUGCGAAGGCUUUUUCUGCUGCAAGCCGCCGCAUUUCGACCUGUCGGAUUUGAAAUCCCCGAGGAAGGAAGGCGAGCCCUCCCCAAGGCCAGUGGCAAAACCGAAGAAGAAACCGGAACACUUGUACGAGACGAAUCCGGACAAGAAGCCCGUGAUCCGCGUGGUGUUGGACAAAUCGCUGAACGGGGUCAUUCACGUGGAAGUCCGGGCCUACAUCCCGCCCCGGACCAAACUCGGGAAAAUCGUGAACGUCUUGCUGCAGCGAAGAAGCUACAACGUGAACACGCGAAAGUACGUGUUCAAGGGCGACGCGUUGCCGAAUCUACGCAACACGCUGAAAAUUACGUACGAAACGCCGCAGCGGACGAAUGUCACGUGCUUUUUCGAGAACGUCUACGACUGGGACCGCGUGCAGUGGAUUCUCGUCUGGCUCUUUCCCUACGACGACGAGAAACUCCACCAGCGCAUGAUGAGUUUCUGGAACGACCGAGUGGACCCGCAAAGGGACGUCGCGGAGUACUGGUUCAAGGACAGAAUACAGGAGUUCACCCGGGGUGUGUCCCGACAGGAUUGCGACUUCUGCGAACACGUGACCGGCCGGGUCAAGAAGAAGGGACGCUCACACCAGAGUUCCACCGCGCCGACGCCGCGACCCGCGGACGGAGCGGGUGGUCCAGGAGGACCCCUCGCGGGACUGAAAAACGCGAUGGCAAAGAAGUUGGCGGAAUCCAGGGCAGAAAAAAUGCUCCAGGUAUAAUAAUUUUACUGUAUGCGACUGUUGCUGUGCUGUGAUGUGCCCCUUUUUGUCUUUUGCUUACUAUUGAUGGUUCACGAUGAGGAUGAAGCGCAAGGAGCGCGGAUGUGCUGAUUCCCAAUAAGAUUGAACGAGUCAGAAUUGAUGUUCCAACUCAAAUGACUUUCAGUCCGUCGACGAGGAUAAGACCUCUCCAGAACCAGCGGCACCGCCACCCGCCGAUACACCCGCAGAUAUCAAAUGUAAAAGUGUCUGGGUCUGGAAGAAUGCAACUUGUGAUGCUGCAUUUGGAUUCCAGAAAAAUCUGUAUUGCAUGAGUACCAAAAGGAAUGCAAUUUUUGCUACGCGGAGACGGCAUCUGUCAUGCGGAAUAGGCAUCAAGAAGCUCUCAAAAAAUCUGUGAUGCUAGGGCAUGCAUCACAGACAUCAGGGCUCAUGCAAAACGUGCAUGACAAGUGUCAGAAUCUUCCAGUCCCAGACAUUUUUACAGUUGAUAGCAGAGGACGCGGCACCAAAGAAGUCCUCUUUGAUGGGCAAGCUGGGAAAGAUGAGCAUGAUGGAGAAGCUUCGUACCGUUGUGAAGAAAGCGCUGGCAGAAAGGUCGUUGACUUUCAAGUUCCCCGCGUUUCCGAGAACAGAUCCGAAUGGAGACCUGAGAACAAUGACAGAAUUUGCCAUGCGCAGUGCGGAAGACGGCCUGCUGGAGGUCGUCGCGAAGAUGGAGUAGAGCACAUCUAGAUUCCUUUUGACGGAGAUAGUAUUUUUGCAGACACUUCUAAAAAGGACUGCUGAGGCGACCACAGGAAUCAAGUGGUAGUGAUGAUUCAAUUCAAUAUUUUGGAGACAACCCACCCUAAUUUCGAUUUUCUGUAUGAUUUUUACAGUAGCAUAUUUUUUCCCCCCAUCGCAAUUCGAGAGUGUGCCGCCCAAUCUCAAACUUUUUGCACAACACAAACACUUAUCAACAAAGCAUUUUUGCAUAAUUCCAGAGCUCAACGAAACCAAGAGACGAGAGCAAAUGAAGAAGCGCUACUACUUGUGGCCAAAGCACUCAAUCAAGACCCCAAUCGACUUAAUAAUUUUCUGCACUUUUUAACCCAACGAAAAACGGAACCCGCGCCCGCCAAUCAAUCUGACCAUCGAAGAAAAAGCAUAUAUCAUUCAUAGACACUGCGUCCGUGCCUUCAUUUGGGCCUCUCGCUGAAAUCACGUGGCGUAAUUUGUUUUUGUUCGCAAUUAGCUGCUCAAU